AUGGUGCUGGCCGUGGAGGACAGCACGGUGCGAGUGGUGGUGCGGGUGCGGCCGCCCACCCCGCGGGAGCUGGAGAGCCAGCGGCGGCCCGCGGUCCAGGUGGUGGACGAGCGCAUGCUAGUGUUCGACCCUGAGGAGCCCGACGGGGGUUUCCUGGGCCUCAAGUGGGGCGGCUCCCACGAGGGUCCCAAGAAGAAGGGCAGGGACCUGCCGUUCGUGUUCGACCGGGUGUUCGGUGAGGCAGCCAGCCAGCAGGACGUGUUCCAGCACACCACCCACGGCCUGCUCGACUGCUUCCUGCAGGGCUUCAACUGCUCAGUGUUUGCCUAUGGGGCCACUGGGGCUGGGAAGACACACACCAUGCUGGGCAGGGAGGGGGACCCUGGCAUCAUGUACCUGACCACCAUGGAGCUGUACCGGCGCCUCGAAGCCCACCAGGAGGAAAAGCAGUUUGAGGUGCUCAUCAGCUACCAGGAGGUGUACAACGAGCAGAUCCAUGACCUCCUGGAACCCAAGGGGCCGCUGGCCAUCCGGGAGGACCCUGACAAGGGCGUGGUGGUGCAAGGACUUUCCUUCCACCAGCCAACCUCAGCAGAGCAGCUGUUGGAAAUGCUGACCCGGGGGAACCGGAACCGCACGCAGCACCCCACUGAUGCCAACGCCGUCUCCUCUCGCUCCCACGCCAUCUUCCAGAUCUUUGUGAAGCAGCAGGACCGGGUGCCCGGCCUGACCCAGGCCCUGCGCGUGGCAAAGAUGAGCCUGGUGGACUUGGCAGGCUCGGAACGGGCAUCCAGCACCCAUGCCAAGGGCGAGCGGCUGCGGGAGGGCGCCAACAUCAACCGCUCCCUGCUGGCCCUGGUCAACGUGCUCAACGCCCUGGCUGAUGCCAAGGGCCGCAAGUCGCAUGUGCCCUACCGCGACAGCAAGCUCACGCGCCUGUUGAAGGACUCGCUGGGCGGCAACUGCCGCACCGUGAUGGUUGCGGCCGUCAGCCCCUCCAGCCUCUCCCUCGAGGACACCUACAACACCCUCAAGUAUGCCAGCCGUGCCAAGGAGAUCAAGCUCUCGCUGAAGAGCAACGUGGUCAGCCUGGACUGCCACUUCAGCCAGUAUGCCACCAUCUGCCAGCAGCUGCAGGCUGAGGUGGCGACCCUGCGGGAGAAGCUGCGUGUGUAUGAGGCCCGGGGUCCGGCCCCCCAGCCAGUGCUUCCACUCUCACCCAAAAUGGACCCUCCGCAGCGCCCUGGGCCCGGCACCCCACAGCCCCACCCAGGACCAGUUCUCCCAGUGGAGAGCCAGGCCAUGGAGGCCCAGGAAGAGGGGGGCAUGGAGGCGAAGGCUUCAGCCCAGGGGCUAGAGCAAACCUUCACCUUCCCACGAACCCAGUCCCCUGCCCUGCCGCUGCCGUCCCAGCCUCCCGCGGACCACCCGUCCUCGCCACCACUGGGCAGAGACCCAGCCAAACAGCUGGCCCUCCGGGUACUACGUCUGGCCCAGCGGCAGUUCUCCCUGCUCCAGGCGGCCAACCUCCUGACCCCUGACAUGGUGGCCGAAUUUGAGACCCUACAGCGGCUGGUACAAGAGGACCCAGGGCUCCCGGAGGCCUCUGGGAAGCUUGGGCCAGCCGGAGGGUCCUCUCUGGCCCCGGAGCUGAGCCAGGACACCAAGCCAUCAGGAUACUCCGGCCCUGUGACCCGCACCAUGGCCAAGCAGCUGGCGCUAGAGGUCCCACCUGGCCCCCACCACAACCCAGGCCAGAGCCCCCCACAGCCCGUGGAGAAGAAAAGGAGGAGGGGGCCAAGCCUCGUGGAGGCCGAGAGCUCCCCCGGCCCGGAGCAGGGCCUCAAGCGGCAGCGCCAGUCCUUCCUGCCCUGCCUGCGGAGGGGGUCCUUGCCAGAGGCGCCACCCCCCUCAGGCUCCCCGGCCCCCCAGGGGGGACAGGCCUCCUCCCCCUGCUGCUCCCCCCGUGUCUGCCCAGCCACCGUCAUCAAGAGCCGGGUACCCCUGGGCCCCUCCGCUCUGCAGAACUGCUCCACCCCGCUGGUGCCGCCUGCCCGGGAUCUCAACGCCACCUUCGACCUCUCCGACGAGCCGCCCUCCGGACUGGGCUUCCCCAUCUGCCAGGACCCGUCCUUCAUCCGCAGGUGGGGCCUGCUGCCCACUGACCUGUCCCCUCCCCUCCCCAGCGGCCCCUUGCCCGUGUUCACCAUGAGGGGACCCAAGCCUACGACUUCCUUUCCUGGGACUUCAGCCCGCAAGAAGAGGCGGAUUGUGAACGCCUCAGUCUCCCGCUCCCUGGGGGUCGCCCGGCGCCACAGCCGCAUCGCCCGUCUCCCCAGCAGCACCUUGAAGAAGCCACUGGACCUUUUGCUGCCCCAGCCUGAUCUCAGGGGCAAGUGA